AUGGGACACCUACCUGGUGCCAGCGACUUGGACAAGGUCGCGAUUUGGCAGCGCGUGUCCCAGAGAUCUGCAAAGUACGUGCGACGCUGCCUGUCUACCGACAUCGCGUACCGUAACCGCUCGCCAUCUCCACCCGACCGCGCCGCCAUCGCCGGAUGCAGGACGCCCGUCAGCAACCCGACAUCGCACGCGCGGCCGUCCGUACAGGCGAGCAACGACGUACCCCCCGCCAACGACGAUCCCCACCAGAACGCAAGCGGAAGAGGAGGGCGCGAGGCGGGCGCUGCCCUGUCCUUGCCGGCUGCCGAUCCUGGCCCAUCGCAUAUCCCAUCCCGUCCUGACGCACUCCCACUCCUUGUGUCGCCCCGCCCCUCGCGCGGCUUCCGCACGCCAGGCGCAAAGGGCGUCCGUGAAGGUACGUCGGCUCCGCGUACGAGUCGGCGUCUCGCCGUCCGCGGCUUUGUCGAGCGGCGCCGCGUGCCGUUCACGUUCAUCGGCGUGGGCUGGUGGACGCAGCUCUGCCUCCCACUUCCCCUGCGCAGCAAACAGUCGCCGCACUCAAAGAAGACGACACGAAAGGACAUCGGCAAAUAUGCCUCGGGCAUCCUCCCGGAAGCCAGAUCAUGGAAUCACGUGGCGAUCGUAUGGGAAGACGAGGUGAGCCAGGCCAAGGCGCAAACGCUCGAUGAGCGGCCUUCCGAUGACGGCGAUGCGCUCAAGGAGAAGCGGGGCCGUACGUUCCCAUCCCGCUCUACUCAGCGUCUCGCCAUCCACGACUUCAUCCAGCGGCUCCGCGUGCCGUACACGUUCAUCGACGUGGGCUGGUGGAUGCAGCUCUACCUCCCACCUCACCCGCGCAGCCGAUCGCCGUCGCCCUCGAAGGAGAUGACAUGGAAGGUACGUAGAGAUGGCAAAGCACGCCACAUCCUCACAACCAACGAGAAUAUCGGCAAAUCCGUCGCGCGCAUCCUCGCGGCCCCGACAACCCCAAUCGCGGCGAUCGUGUGGGAACACAACGUGAGCCAGACCAAAGCACGCGCUCGGACAGAGCCCGACACCGUUGGGCUCAAGGACAAGCAGACAGUCUCACUCAACUGCAAGAGCAACCGCCAUCAGUACACAUUCCGCACCUCCAACGACACUAGCGACACUCACCAUGACCCCACCACCACCCCGCAUUCGUCCGCCCUGCUAAUCCUCCCUACUGCGCAAUAG